CCCCCCCCCCGCCUGUUACGCCACUGGACAUGAGUAAACAUUGGAAUGACAUCAUAAGCUCAAGACAAAUAGAAUGCGAAGAUAUUCCUUGUUGGAGCACGUAGACCUUCAUACUCAAAUCUCAAUAGAUUCUUUAUCGAAGAGGCACUUCAAAGCUGUACGCACAAGUCGCAGAAAAUGGCGGGCAACGAGGACCUACACACUCUUUUCAAUUUCUUUGAGAAGGUUGCUAAACCUCUCAAGCAAGCUUCAUAUGAAGAUGGCAUGAAGUAUAUUUUCGAACAUGUGAAGAAACUACCGAGUUUCGUCCUAGGUCAGCUCCACAAGAACCUCGACCAAUCGAACGGUUUGUACAAGUACGUGAACUAUGUCGGUUUCAGCAACGGAGACUUCCAUGUGUUUCAAGGAGGGCGACCCCCAGCAGACUUUAUCAAGGUCAGCACAGAAGGUCUCGGAGGACCUGAGCUACGAGUUUGUUACCCAGGUGGUUACGCGGAAUUAGCGACUUCAGCUGGACAGCCAAUGUGUACGACCCGGGCUAAAGAUGAACAAAAUUCUUACUAUCUUCUAGUCACUUAUAAGGAUUCUGACAUCGAUGAGGCAAGUUACAGCGCUUUUGAGGCGGACUGGAAGACAAAGACAGGAGCUAAUAUCAUUCGUGACACAUUCCCUGCCGGCAUCGUUGGCGGCGACGUCGGCUUCUACAAGCGACGUCGACCCGGACACACUCCGCUCAACUAUGUUCUCCGCUAUGAAAUACUUCCGGGGGCAUCCCGGGAGUCUGUUCUGCAGCUCCUGCCCACCCUUCGGGAGAAACUAACUGCGGGAGGGGUCCCGUUCAGCAACGUUGGUGCCUACAGUAUCUGUUACAUCUGCGACCCAGUCAAAACCUGAAAUAAAAUGAACCUCUCACUUUAACACUGUUUUAACCAGCCUCUAAGUUGAUUUUAAAAAAAUAAUAUUAACCUAUUGGUAAAUACCAAACGUUGGUUAAAAAGAAAUCCAAUGCAAAGUGAUUGAGGAUAUAUUUUACCAACAGUUGGUCGGUUCAUGUUUUAACCAACUUUUGGCAUUGGUUAACCAAAUUUCUGAAAGUGUUUGGCCUUUAUCUUCAACAAUCAUCAUGUGAAUUUGAGAUUGUUGGUUCUUAUUUGAUUUUUCAUAAUCAUCUUGUAAAACAAAAUAUAUUUGAUAUUUCAAUACUUUAUGAAUGUUUUUAUUGGUAUAAUAAAUAUUGUAGCAAUUUUUUUCCCAGAUGAGUCAAGCGCCAAGAGGGGUGGGGCAUGGUCACGGUCAACCCAGAUGAUUUUUGAAGUAUUCAAUUUCAGAAAAACAUUUU